AUGAUUACGAUAACUACAGUAACAACUAAUACAUUACCAUUAUUGCUAUUAUUAUUGCCAAAUAUGGCAUUCUUCUUUGGAUCCAGUAUUAAUCAAAAUCAUUGUAAUCGUUUAAAACUUGAACAAUGUUUCCAAACUGCCUUUCAGACAAUGCGUAUUACACGAAAUAUUGAAAACGAUCAAAUUCGGCCAUCGGAAACAUCAAAUAUACGUUCGUUAAGAAGCGUAACACAUGUUAUGAUGCCGAGAAAUCAGCAUCUCUGUGCCGCAAACCGACAUUAUUUAUCGUGUUUCAACAACGAGGAAUGCAAGGAUGAUUACACGGCACAUGUUGCUUCAACUGUAUUUAAUCAAAUUCAUGGACGUACUUUACCGAUACAGAUGUUUUUAGCACAUCGAGGAUAUGCUGUACAA